CAAAAGCGAACCAGUUUCGUCUCCAUACAAUUACAUCGAGUCGGCGUAAACUAGUAAUCUUGUUUGCUCGUUGACAGUUGACAGUUUUGACACAACCGUCUCUCACAACACACGCAAAAGACGGCCCAUGGCUUUAAAAAGAAUAAACAAGGAACUGAAGGACUUGCAGCGGGAUCCUCCUGCUUCAUGUUCAGCUGGACCCGUAGGAGACGACAUGUUCCAUUGGCAAGCCACUAUUCUGGGACCGAAUGACAGCCCAUAUCAUGGAGGGGUGUUCUUCCUUUCUGUCCAUUUCCCCACAGACUAUCCCUUUAAACCACCUAAGGUGGCUUUUACAACAAAAAUCUAUCAUCCGAAUAUCAACAGCAACGGUAGCAUCUGCCUCGACAUACUAAGGUCGCAAUGGUCGCCGGCCCUCACUGUUUCAAAAGUGUUGUUAUCCAUAUGUUCUUUGCUAUGCGAUCCCAAUCCCGAUGACCCAUUAGUUCCUGACAUUGCACACACAUACAAAUCGGACAGACAAAAAUACAAUGAAGUUGCUAGAGACUGGACGAAGAAGUUUGCAAUGUAAAGGCAAGUCAAGUUUCAACAACAACAUUCCUUGGGACAGGUCAAGUUUUGCAAUUUUUUUUUUAUUUUUUUUUUUUUUAAGAAAGACACAAACCAUAAAGGAAAGAGUAAUUUUGCUA